AUGUGGCGCUUGCUGAAGUCUCCGCCCUCGGUGAUGCGGGAGCCCACCAUCUUGGCUUCGGCCCUGCACAGUUCGGCGCCCUGGUCGGCCAAGCACGCCGAGGCGACUGCUUUGAAGCAUAGGCUGGAAGUCUUGGCGAAGAAUUUGGACACCGGCGAAGGCGAGGCUGUGGACUACGACUGGGUGCAGCGCUUCGUGGCUGCGCACACCCGGCUGGUGGAGCUGGGCUGCCGCUUAGAGGGUGGCCUUGUCAAUGUAGACGCGGAGGUGCAUCGGCUGCAGCAGGUCCUUGUACAUCCCCGGGUGCUGGGGGCUUUGCAAGGGGAACCUGACAAAGGCUCGGUGGAACCCCCUGCCUCGCCGGGCCAAGUUUUCCAUUACGGGGAAAACGACGCCCAGGAUUGUGCCGAGGAUUUGGAAAGCACCUACGAUGCCUUCGAGCGCUUUGUGGAGGAGGUGGCCCUGGCAUUGGCUGCAGAUGCCUUGAAUGCCGCAGAACGUGGCUCGAGCGGGUGCGGCCGACUGCCUGCAAAUGCAGCAGUUCGCAAUGAGGUGAACCUUGCGGGUGCAGCCGCCAAGACUGGCUGCUUCGCUUGGAGCGCCGGGUCCUGCGUCGUGGACUUUCGGCUUGUGCAGCGCAUCGAGUUUGACUUUGACGUCAAGAGCUGCGGCUCCGUGUGGGCGGCGCCGCUGUGGAUCUCACCACAUCCCUGGGACAGCCCCGCAGCCACCUCGGGGGAGGUGGACUUCGUAGAAGCCUGCCCCGUGGGACAGAUGUACACUAACUUUGCCUGUGGUGGCCACGAAGAAGCGAUCGGAAAUGCAGACAACUUGGGUGGUCCAAAGCAUUUCAUUAUGACCUUUGAUGGCACCACCUCCUUUACCUCCGGCGGGACAUUGAGGACGCAAAUCUGCGAGCUUGGCCCUACGAACUGCCGAAACUCUGCUUUCUAUCCAGAUUUCUUGAGCCGGGUGGACCCGACAAAGGGCAGAGGCACAAGCUUUCCGUACACAUUCCUGUCUGACAUUUGGAACGGCUUCGGCGGCGAUUCAGGGUGGACGGGUUGCAAGGCGCGCAACAACCCCAACUCCCAGUGCGAGUACGCAGUUCGCAACAUCAAGGUCUACACGUGGAGUGGGGCACCCAUGUUCGGCGGUAAAUGCGCAGCCUUGAAUGGCAACGUGGAGGUGCAGAUCAUUUAG